UUAAUCAGAUUAUGUCUGGAAUGUGUGAAAGGUACUGUUUAUCUCGCUCAGAGAAGGGAGCAUCGCAAUAUGCUUGGAACCUGCAACACUUUAGAAAUAAAUCACAGUGUGCUCUGGGAGACGGAGUUUGGGAGUCUUGGAGGCUUGCAUCAUUUGUUCCUAGGGGUCUGGGGUAGGGGGUGUGUUCAGGAAUGCACUCUUGUUAUAGCGUUGGCUCCGGCCGGAGAAGUGGAAGGGGAUGCUCUUCGUUAUCAGUCGGCGAAACAUCUGUCUUUCUCUGCUUGUGGUUUAGCCCGUUGUGGUGCAAUGGGAGAUGAAUGAUGCCUUUGGAGGGGAGUCUAGAAUGGAAAGCCAGGGUUAGUGUUUGGUAUUUUGGAGUAGUAGUAGUAGUAUAAGUUGCUGAGUAAAGGGUGUUCAUCCUGCAGGUUACCUAAUAAUAGCUGAGCGGGAGGUUAACUUGUUCUGUGCAAAGUCUGAUGUCACGCUAUUACGCAAGUAAAGUUUGAGCACAUACUAGCUGCUUCACGCACAUAUUGAGAGGCGUUAUCGGUGGGUGUGAAUACUCCCCCUGGCUCGGACUAAGAUUUUUUAGCUUAGCAGACGUAAAGCAUGCAUACAUACGUCAUAUCACAGUCCGAAGCGAAGGGAAAAGUCGAAAAAGCAUGAUAUCAUAAAAAAAAGAAAAAUUAAAUAUCAUCAUGCUGUCCUCACCCCGCCCCCUUUUCUACUUGGCUCCUCUUGACGUUUGGCCGGGAUUAAAUGUUCUGAUGUUCAGAAGAGGCAGCUGCUGUGAUGUCUGGUGUGCGUAUGUUCCUCCGCACAGCGCUUUAACUCUGGGGCUGAAGGUGGCAGGUGACGGGCGACGCCUCCCCAAGUGGCCGGCCCGGUGCGGGGCCUCUAUGUGGUGGAGGAGUGCUGCUGCUGGUGUUGUUUCGGCCAUGGAGGACCUGCUUUGUGAGCUCCGGCUGUUCCUGGACCUGCUGGACCGGGAGUACCUGAGCGCGGGGGUCCGGGAGAAGAAGCUCCACCUCUCCAACACGCUGCAGAGGGUCCUCUCAGAGAAAGAGCCCAUGUUCAAGUCAGAAAUCCACUCGGGCCUUCCUGCGCCUCCUCAGAUGCCCCUCCCCGAGAUCCCUCACCCAUGGCUGGCGCCCACCAGCGGCCCUCCUCCUCUCCCUAGCAGCUCCCUGCCGGAGGGCUACUACGAGGAGGCCGUCCCCCUCAGUCCAGGCAAGGCCCCUGAGUACAUCACCUCCAACUACGACUCGGACGCCAUGAGCAGCUCCUACGAGUCCUACGACGAGGAAGAGGAGGGCGGCCGCAAGGCGCGCCACCAGUGGCCGUCCGAGGAGGCGUCCAUGCACCUGGUGAAGGACGCACGCAUCUGCGCCUUCCUGCUGCGCAAGAAACGCUUCGGCCAGUGGACCAAGCUGCUCUGCGUCAUCAAGGACAACAAGCUGCUGUGCUACAAGUCGUCCAAGGACCACGCGCCCCAGAUGGAGCUGUCCCUAUCGGGCUGUAGCAUCUCCCACGUGCCCAAGGACGGCAAGAAGAAGAAGCACGAGCUGCGCAUCGUCCACCAGGGCACGGACGCCCUGGUGCUGGCCGUGCAGAGCCAGGAGCAGGCUGAGCAGUGGCUCAAGAUAAUGAAGGAGGUGUGCGCCAACGGCAGCGUGGACUCUGAUGGCGCUGGGUCCGGGUCUCCGGUACACAAACCCGAUCUGGAAAAGGUGUCGUGCGAUAGGCCGGGUUCGGACGGAGAGCUGCCCCACGAGAACGGCCACGGAGGAGACUGCAAGGACGCAGGGAAGGGGAAGAAAGCCGGCAAGACGGAGCAGAAGAGCGGGACCCUGGGCAAAGGGGCGAGCAAGAAGAUCACCAAGAUCAUCGGCCUGGGCAAGAAGAAGCCCUCGGAGGAGCAGACCUCCUCGGCAGAGGAGGAGGUGCCCACAUGUGGCUACCUGAACGUGCUGUCCAACAGCCGCUGGCGCGAGCGCUGGUGCCGUCUGAAGGAGAACCAGCUGCUGCUGCACAAGGACCGCGACGACCUGCGCAGCCACAUGGCCUCGCUGCCCCUGCGCGGCUGCGAGGUCAGCCCCGGACUGGACCAGAAGCACCCCUUCGCCUUCCGCCUGCUGCGCAACGGCCAGGAGGUGGCCGUGCUGGAGGCGUCCUCCUCCGAGGCCCUGGGCCGCUGGCUGGGGGUCCUGCUGGCCGAGACGGGCUCCACCACUGACCCGGCGGCACUCCACUACGACUACAUCGACGUGGAGACCACCGCCAACGUCAUCCAACUGGCCAAGCAGUCCUUCUGUUUCACCAGUAAGCGUGCUGUGUCUCCCAACCCCUACCUGGACAACCCGGUCAAUGGUGGCUACUCACGUCCCAGUGGUGUGGCCCUGCAUUACGACGAUGUUCCCAUCAACGGCAUGGAACCUGAGGCGCAGUACUCCAGUCCUGCCACCAGGGGGAAGGUAGCCCAGACAUCGGACACACUCUACGAGAACACAGAGCUCUACGAGAACACAGAGCUCUACGAGAACACAGAGCUCUACGAGAACAUGCCCUCUCCCGCGCUGGCCGCCCGCUUCCCCGCUAAACCCUCCUCCGCCUCUUCCUCCACUAAAAAACCCAAACCUCCUGCAGCUAAAGUGACCUCUAAGUUCCUUUCUGCGGAUGCUAAGUCAAAAGACACCGCCCAGCUGAAGGGGAAGAAGGGGGCGGCGACCAAUGGGACAGCGUCAAAGCAGAAGGCGGAGCCAAAGAACGCGCCCAAGAAGAACGGAACCAACGGCGUUAAUGGAACCAACGGCACGGCCUCCAUCAAGCGCAACAACUCCAGCGUGGACCAGUACAAGUACGGGAAGAACCGCGUGGAGGCGGACGCCAAGCGGCUGCAGGCCAAGGACGACGAGCUGGCCCGCAGGAAGCAGGAGAUCCGCAACCGGCUCACCCAGCUCAAGAAGGAGCGCCGCGACCUCCGGAGCGCCGUGGAGGCCGCCGCCGGCAAGCGGACCCUGGCCUCGCUGACGGAGCGCCUGAAGAAGGUGGAGGACGAGUGCAAGCAGAAGGAGGAGGAGCGCGUCACCCUGGAGCUGGAGAUGACCGAGGUGCAGGAGAGCCUGAAGAAGGCCCUGAGCGGAGGGGUCACGCUGGGCCUCACCAUCGAGCCCAAGUCCGGCAGCUCCACUCCGCAGUCCCCAGUGGCGGUGCGGCGGACCCUGGAGUCGUCCCCGUUCUCCAGCUGCGACACCAGCGACACCGAGUCCCUGUGCCUGCCCGUCAACAGCGCCUCGCUGCUUCGCAGGCACCCGGCCGGCCAGAAGGUCCCCCCCGUCAGGGGCCACGUCCUCAGGAAGGCCAAGGAAUGGGAGAUGAAGACUGGCACAUAAGAUUUCAUACUUCUGGUGUUUUACUUUAUUUUUGUGUAUAUAUUUAUUUAAAAAGACCUUCCAAGCAGUCCGAGGACACACAAGCAUAGCAGACCAAGCAGGAGAAUAAGUAUCGUAACUGAAACCAAGCGAGUUCUCCAAGCAUACCAUUAGAUAUUUUAGCGUUGAGCAUGCUUAGUUAGUGUACUUAGUCGGGUACAACUAUGUUGUUACAACUGUACCUGUUUUUCAUUCCAAAAGUGUAUUUGCUUUUUUCAUUUUUUUGAUUCCACCUAAUCCAGUUUCAGAUUCACACUUUGGGUUUAAAAGCUCUUAAAGGUCAGACGUAUUUAUUUGUAAAUGUUUGAAGAAAAUACUAGCUUCCCAUGCUUUAUUUAUGUCAAUAUAUUUAAUGUAAUUUUCUUUUUGAUGAAUGAAAGCCCUCAACUGACUUUCUUGUAUUUUAUUCUUUUACAGUGACAGCAGUCAAAUAUCCAUUAUUCAUCCUUUAUUCUAUGCAUUUUUUAAAAUACUUUUUUGUCAGUGACAUGACGACGUCUGCCGUUGGUGCUAUUCAAUUGAUAUUGUGAGAUGGGACAUUUCAACUCAAAAAGCCCCAAGUGUAUAUUUAAGCGUUUUUUUAUUAAGGAUGCAGUUAUUAGUAUUAAGAACACUAUUGGGACAUUGUCUAAGAUAAUUCAUAACAGGAACUAAUUGUCAUGCUUCUGGUGAUCAUUUAAAUGUGUUUGAUUACAACUGCACACAGCAAAUGUUAGCCGGACGCUACUAUCGUGUUUAGUUAGCCACUUUGGUAGGUCAAAGUUAGAAAAAAACAAGAUUGUGCUUUUUCAAGGGCCACCCUGAAAACUACAAUACCAAACACUGUUCAUGCCAUCUCUGUUCCUGAUUGGUUAAUAAAGUGGUGCUAGGUGAUUGGUUAAUGAUGCUGCCAAUUCUUCAUAGGAAAACAAACCGUUAGAGCUUCUCCCCGCCCACUAUCAACAUUUAAAAAACGCUUUCUCCUGAACCUUUAACAGUAAUGGGCGGUGCUUAUCGCUGUUCAGGCCUCCUCUCUCUUGCCCAAGCCCCUCCCACUAACUCACGUCCAUCCGAUUCAGGGGGGUCAGAAUGUUUGAUUGACGUUAUCCCCAAGCUACCAAUGACAGGAAAUGCCCGCAAUUGCAUUGCAAUAUAGAGGAAAAUUUCAGACAAUAUUUACAUUGUAUCCUACGUUUUCAAAAAUGUUCUGCGUAUAUGUCGAGAUUCUGACUAGGGUCAAUCCAUAACACCCACUACAUCACUUUUAAUCUAAAAUAUGUUGUGUUAGGGUUUAGUUGUCCUUUCAACAUCCCUUAAUUUUGGCAGUGUGGGGUCUGAUUGGGUACUCGGGACCACACCCACAUUUCUAUAAAUACCCCUUAGGGAGAUGGGGUUUGUUGUUUCUCUUCUGUAUAUAUUUUCUAUCCUGUACUCUCCACCUGGUGCAUUUUUUAAAGUCUGCAAACUUUAACGCAGCCUGCAUGUCGGCAUGAAAAUGAGGAUCUUUUUUAAAAAAAUUCUUCCCUUGGCUUCACAUUGCUUGUCUGAGAACAGUUAUUGUGAACACAUUGUAAAUACCUUUGCUGGAUAAGAAGGGGGUGUGGCUAUUAGGAUUGGGGCGGGGUAUGAGGGUUUGAGUUAACACAACUGAUGGUUUUUGCACCUUAAGAUCUUUUGUACUCCGCUGUUUGACUUUUGACAGUUGCCGCCUCGGUGACAAAUAAACGUGUACAUACAUAAACAUAUUGUAAUAAACAUAUUGACAAACA